AUGCGAUCAGUGUCCUCGGCAACGGAUGCACUGAUCUCGCCGACGAAACCAUGUGCUCAAAGUACAUAUGAUGAUGCGGUUGUCAAGUCCGAAGUUUCGAGUCCGCGGCGAUCUUCCAUGCCCGUGACUCGCAGCUACAACUUCAACAGUAUGAGCUCCAGGCUAACCAAAUCUCGCGCAGCAUCGUCCAAGGCAGACAUUUUCGAGGCGAAAAUCGCCAGUGCUGUCGACGAGGCCGACUCUUCAGACUCUGAGGAGACCUUUGUCUAUGACUCUAACCCUCCAGACAAUAACGAUCGGCCCCGACGGUUCCACUCGAGAACUCCAAGUGCGACUUCGAUGGUUAGCCAGGUCGACAGGAACGGCCUGCGCUCCAUCACCACCAUUAUGGACAACGCCGCUGCAAACGCGGGGACUAAGAGGAACAUGAAAUUUGUCAACACUUUCAACAGCAGUGGAAACGAAAGUGCCAUGGCAGAAGACGAUGGCAAGGGCACGGCUCGUAGUGCUGCAGGCUCGGCCCGAGGCACAGGUCGCGUUCAUCACCAUCAUUUGGGACGGUGGGGCCGCAACGGCACCAACGGUCACACGUCCUUGUUUGACAACGAGGCCCCUUUCCACAUCAGUAACACGACAGCCCAAAGGUCCAAAUUCUCAACCAACAGCAACAGCUCGCGCCAGCCAUCUGGGCCACCAAGCCCGAGGUUUCUGAACGCUGGCCGGCUAGCAUCGACUAGCAAGCGCGGUACGCACGCGGUCAGCUAUGACCUCGACGACACCACCGGCACUGGAGCGGAUGAUGAGAGGACACCUCUACUUCAUGGAUCCGUGCGAUCAUCCCGGUCGGGCAGAACACGUCGCGGCCAGCCAGUGACGCUGCGCUCACUCGAAGGGCAAACCUAUCGAAGGAACCCUUCCGUGCUGAAUAGGUUCGCUAGCUGCCUCGUUCUCACCGUCAUGCUCUUGCUUGUUGUGUCCGGGGCCAUCGGCUUCAUGUUCGCAACCUCCCAGCCUCUCACUGAUGUCGAGCUCAUUGCCAUCAAGAGUGUUGUUGCCGCAGAGCAGGAAUUGAUAUUCGACAUUGAGGUCAAAGCUCACAACCCCAACGUGGUGGUCGUCACGAUCGACCAGGCAGACAUUGAGGUGUUUGCGAAGUCGCCGCAUGCGGGUACCGACUCAGGCGGCGGAUGGCACAGGCCAGACGACCACCAGGGCUCUGAUUCAAGGUGGUACUCGAACAAUGGCAAUGCGCACGCUGGGGAGGAGUUUGAUGGCCCAGUGGAUGAGAAGGCUCCUAAUAUGAGACUUGGGACGAUUGGUCAACUCGACAGUCCACUUUCGUUUGAGGGUUCCUUCUUCAACCACGGAUAUUCGGAUUCCACGGGCGAGGUUAGGCUGCGUGGGCCAGGCAAUGGUACGAUAGGUGGCACGGAGCGCUGGGAAAGAAUUUUGCAGGAUGAAUUUGACCUGAUCGUCAAGGGCGUCCUGAAAUACUCGCUGCCUCUAAGCCAGCAUGUCAGGAGCGCGACCAUCUCCGGACGCACCACGAUCAAACCGAAUGCUGCGAACGACCCUACCGGUAACAGGACGGAACCCAUUACGAAGCCAAAGAAACCGGAGUGA